CUCCAGUCAGCCUUCACCGCAGUCAGUCGUAAAUCGAGUCGUGUCAGCCAAAUCACCACCGACGGAGCGAGUGUGUGUAGUGGAAGUGGAAAAUCGCGCAACCAAUUUACUUCUUUUUCGGGCUAAAAGUGACGGAAAAUUCCUUCACAUUCCAGAGGGGUGAUUGAAACACAAUUCGUGAAUAGUGUUACGUACGGCGAAAAGAUUGUUUUUGUGGAAACUUGAAAUUCGGAGGAAGAAAACGAAGCAAUCGAGCUGGUAAACGUCAGAAUUUGAUUGUUGUUUUUUCGAAGUUCGGGCAAGAGAAAUAGUUUUCCGGACAAGGUUUAGUUAGGGAGUGUUUUUAGGCUAAACCUCAAAAGCCAUGGAUAAAUUCAUCAGUAUGUGGAAGGUGCGAGAACUCGCCGAUAAAGUGACCAAUGUCGUGAUGAACUACACCGAAAUCGAGGGUAAGGUACGCGAGGCAACCAACGACGAGCCCUGGGGACCGACCGGACCGCUCAUGCAGGAACUGGCACACGCUACCUUCACCUACGAACACUUCCCCGAGGCGAUGUCGAUGCUUUGGAAGCGAAUGCUGCAGGACAACAAGACCAACUGGAGGCGAACGUAUAAGAGCUUACUUCUGCUGAACUACCUGGUGCGCAAUGGCUCGGAGCGGGUGGUCACCUCGUCCCGGGAGCACAUCUACGAUUUGCGAUCGCUAGAAAACUAUACCUUCGUGGACGAGAACGGAAAGGAUCAGGGUAUUAACGUGCGGCACAAAGUCCGAGAGCUGAUCGACUUCAUCCAGGACGACGAUAAGCUGCGGGAGGAACGCAAGAAGGCCAAGAAAAACAAGGACAAAUACAUCGGUAUGAGCUCGGAGGCAAUGGGUGGACUGCGGUAUGGAGGCGGAAGUAGUGAAUACGGCGCGGGCUACCGGGAUAACUGGGACAGCCGAAGGAACGAAGAUCGAGGGUAUAAUGAGAAUAAAGAUCGAUACGAAUACGAUUAUCAGUACGAUGGAGAACGGGAGGAUUCCGAUACGGAAUCGAAUGGACCUCAUGCCAAUAGAUAUUACGAUAAGGAACGCUCCAAGAGCCCGGCAGCACGACAAUCAUCCACUUUGUCGGUUAGCUCUGGGGCUGGGGUCUCAACGACGACGGCCAUUGCUGGUGAAAAGAAGAUAAAUCUGAACAUCAAAUCUUCCUCUGCCGCACCAGUUGCACCGGCGAAAGCCCCAAUUACGGUAGCUCCCACGAAGGGCACAAAAAAGAUCGACAUGGGAGCGGCAAGCAACUACGGCAAAGUGAGCGAUCUCGGCAUCAAUUCUCCCACCCAUAGAAAUACCCAUGCCGAGGAAAUUCUCGCGACGCCCGAUUCCAGUGGGAAGCAAAACAAUGAAAUACUGGAAGACCUGUUCAAAACCUGCCCGGGGCCACCCUCUGAGGGAACCCCCUCGAAGGUGGACGAACUGGAUGAUUUUGAUCCCCGGUCGGAGGACACCGCCAAGCCCGCUACUGCCGGUCAGGAGUUUGGUGAUUUUGAAUCGGCUUUCGGAAAGGGCAGUAAGCCAACGAAAGCUGGCGAUGAUUUUGCCGACUUUACGGCCUUCAGUUCGGUACCAGCGGCGACAGCGACAGCGGCGCCACCAGCUGCUAUCCCAUCCAAUGAUUUGUUCUUCGGACUCAAUCCUAGUGCCACAUCCGCCGUUCCCCCUGCCUCCGCUGCCACCGCUAGUGGGCUGAAUUUGUUUGGAAUGCCGGAACAACAGCAGUCGAAGCAGAAGUUGGCGACGAAUGAUUUGCUGUCCGAUUUGAGUGGAUUGACGCUCGGAAGUACAAACGUUCCUGCGGAAGGAGCCAUCAAGGGUGGCAACGCGGGUCGCCACCUGGCGCACAAUUACCGAGCGCUGAUGGAGUUGCUGCAGAGUGUUCCGAAGAUUCGAUCGAAGGAUGAACUUGUGGCGAUCGGAGAGAGACUUGACGAUUUGUUGGAAUGUCUUCCGGGUCCCAGAACGCCCCAACGUUUGAUGAUGAUUGAUGACGGUAAUCUACAAACGGAUCAAUUGUGGGUUAAGUUCGCAGCGGAUGAUUAUCCGGAUUUGUUGUCGGAGCUAGUUGAGAGAUUUGACAUACAAUUUCCCGGAGGUGAUUCGGAGAUGGAUGAAAAGAUUUGGAGGCUUUUCAGUAUGGAUUACAAUAGCGACUAUGUUGGAGCUAGCCUGCAGAUUUUAACUGACUCUAGGAAGCUGGCCGGGAAUCGAGAAGCAUUCGCCCGGAUUCUAGAUAGACUGAUUCGAGAUGAACAAUAUUUGGUCGGAUGUUUCGUGGAACUCAGUCUCAAGGAUGCAAGCGAAAGGGGCGAAAACAAAGUUUUGGCGGAGCAAAAUCAGCGAGGGAUAUCCGAAAAAAUGGUCCAAAUUUUGACUGCAAUUCCCAAUAAGAUGGCGAACGUUUUCCAUCGAGAGACCCCCGAAAUAUUCCUGCCAGAAAAUUUCUUCCGACUGCUUGUUCAACAGCUUCUCAAGGCCGUAAAUUGCAUCACCAGAAUUGCGCAGCUGCAUGACAGUGUUCUUAGCUGGGAGACAAGUUUUCUCUCCAUGUUCCUAAGUAAACUGAUUAGCGAUUUCACAAUCGAUAAGCGGUCGACACAUUUGCAAACAACGCUGCGCAUUUUAUCCGCCUGGGCGCAAAUCAAUACUUAUCAGUGCAAGCCACUUAUCACUUCGAUUUUUGCAAGUUUAUCGCGUUCAGCAGUGGAAACAACGGCGUUGAUCGCACUGCGCGAGGGAAUAGAUUUGAAUGAUUUGCUCACAGAAGAGAACCGGCUCACCGGUGUUUGGCGCUAUGUUUUGACCCAAAAAAUUCCGCUCUACAGUAGCUUUUCGGAGGAUGCCAUUGGAGAAAAUUUAAUCUAUCUCUUGGCCAGACACUCCGAUCACGAGCGGGAGACGUCACUGCUGGGGGAAUUGACCCACGAGCUGCUCACCGUUUGGUCUAGCCUGACAAGCAUUCAGCGAACCUCCUUCGAACAACAUUUGUACAUCUCCAAGCUACUGCUUCUCUCGAUGGCAUAUUCGUAUCGGUUCAAAGUGAGGAAGUGGAAGCCGGACGAAAUACGCGACUUUCGAAGUUUGCUUUUCGGCGGACUGAGGUGUCACUUGGAGUCUCCGGUGUGCGAAAUGCGAUCCGUUGGUAUGAUCGUUUCGGAGGUAAUUCUUGGCUAUUUUGACGAGAAAGAUGUCGAAGAGGAGAAUAAACUUAAAUUUGAAUAUCAGGGACUCGGGGAGGAUAUUCUGAAAAUGGUGGAGCAUUUGAGAACCAUCGGAAGCCGUAGUAAAUUCAAUGAUGAUGAUUUAUCUCAAGAUGGAAUCGAUCACGGCGAGGAGAAUCUCGAUCAACUAGUGGAAACAUUAUUCAUGAAUCAAGCUCAAGCAACUAAAGUCACUCAGUCUAAACAAGCCCCACCCGCUCAGGAGAAAAUAGUAAAUCUGGAUCACUUGAUCAGAAACGAAGCCGUUGGGGAACAUACAGAAGACAGCGAUGAUUCCGAGCUGGACUCCGACGAUGAUCUGGAACCGUAUGACAUGUCCAACGAUACCAAAAUAGAGCGGGAAAAGUUUCGUCCCAAAUAUUUGCUGGAUCUACGUGAAGUUCUCAUCGACAGUUCGGAUCAGCAUGCCCCGGAACGGUUCGAGUACAGUAUACAGGCUGCUCCGGAGUUAAUCGAACAGCAGUUGAGCAACAACGAUGUCAAGCUAGCCCUAGAGUUACUGCAGCUGUUUCUAACCCUCGAAAGUCGCUGCUAUAUGGAGAACUUUCAGGAGCUGAAAUUUUCAUCCCUUGUUGCAAUUUGCAGCACUUAUCCGCAACAAUGUGCCGAUUAUCUGUGCCGCGAGUUUCACUCCGAUCUCAGCAAAUACUCCCUGAAUCGUAGGAUUCUAAUGCUGGAUAUUUUAGCACAAACCGCCAAGAAUCUAUCCAAUCGCGAUCCAAACAAGCAUAUACCACCACCAUCCCCCCCUCAAGUAUCGACCACGGACACUUCGCGCUUCGCGAAGAACACCCUCGAGCUAAAGUUUCGCGAGGAGAAUGAACUCCGCGGCAAGCGUCAGCUCGCGGAACGGAUCGUCCGGGAGCGCAUCGAGAGCAAAACCCGCCGAUUCAGCAUCCGACCGGCGAUCGGUCGACCCGAGGAGUCUGUGAACCGGUUCGCUGACGUCGCCGGAUGGUUCUUCUUCCCGCUGCUGCGUGGCUUCGGAUCGAAGCAGUUUCUAUUCAGCGCCAAUCUCAAGUUUCAGUACGAUGCCGACAGCUUGCUGCUGACGACGUUUCUGCAGACCCUGUCGGUGCUGAUGAUUUGUGCCGAGAAUUGUCCUAUCGCGAGAAAGUUCGCCCGGGAGCUGCUUAAUUUGAGCCUCAUGAUGAGAUUUAGCGAGGAACCGAAAGUGCGGCUGUCGGUGCUUCAGCUGCUGGCGUCGAUCCUGAUGGCCGUGGGAAAGGAUACGCUGCGGCAAGAUUUCUAUACGGACCUGGUGGAGAUCAAGCGGUGGUUGGAGGAGUGCGUCCAGAGUAGCAUUGUUCGAAGUGAACCAAACGAGGAGUGUCGAGAGUUGGCGAGGCAUGUGCUCGUGAUGUGUUACAAUGUGCUGUCGGAGGACUAAAAUGUACUGCGCGGAGCGAGUUUGUAUUAAUUACA